GGCUUUGUUGAGUAGUUUUCUGAGCAUGCCGAUUUGAAACAAUUCAGUUCUUUUGCGCUAUGUUCGGAUUAUGGACGUGAAACGGUGUCCUUCCGAGAGAUCGUAGCGUUUACGAGAUUGCUGACAGGUCGGCGGGGAUGCGGCGUCGCGAUGGGAAACAUUUUUGGCAGAAAGAGACGCACUCGGGUGACAGAGCAGGACAGAGCGAUUUUGCAACUGAAACAGCAGAGGGAUAAGCUGAAACAGUACCAGAAGAAGAUCACCGUUCAGCUGGAGAAGGAGCGGCUUCUGGCCAAACAGCUGCUCAAGGAUGGGAAGAAGGAGAAGGCCCUGCUGCUGCUCAAGAAGAAGCGCUACCAGGAUCAGCUCCUGGACAAAACCGAGAACCAGAUAGGCAACCUGGAGCGCAUGGUUCAGGACAUCGAGUUUGCCCAGAUUGAGAUGAAGGUGAUCGAGGGACUGAAGGUUGGAAAUGACUGCCUGAAGAAGAUGCACGAGGUGAUGUCCAUUGAGGAGGUGGAGAGGAUCCUGGAUGAGACUCAGGAGGCCGUCGAGUACCAGAGGCAAAUUGACGACAUGCUGGCGGGGUCGCUGACACAGGAGGACGAGGACGCCGUGCUGGCGGAGCUGGAGGCCCUCACUCAGGGCGAGGACGUGGAGCUCCCAGAGGUGCCCUCCGAACCCCUGCCGGAGGUGCCCGAGGAGCCGGAUAAAGAACCAGAGAGGGAGAGGGAGAGGGAGAAGAGCAAGCCUCGGCAAGAGAUGCUGGCAGCUUAGUGCUGCGCUGGCGCCCCCUGGUGCCCACAUUCUCCAUCCUGCCAGUCCCUGUGUACCCACAUCCUUCCCCCUCCUACUCAUCCUCCAUGAACUCUGACCCCUCCUCACCCCACCUACCCAGCAUGCACCAGGAACAGCCAGCCCCCACGACUGGAGGCCCCGCCUCCAAAAUUGCAAGCAGCUUUCAUAUUGCGAAACCAUUUGACGGCCUCAAGGCUUUCACCUUUCUGAUUGGUCAGAAGCUUGGCCGUGAAGUUGGUGCUGCUCUUCGACAGGCUGUUGGUUCUCCUCUCGUCCUCCGAUUCCCCCCGGCUCUCGGUUUAGAUCACAGUGAAAGAGUCAGACUUUUAGUGGCCCGAGCAGGCUUCUGUGGUGCUGUUACUGGAGCUGUCGGCCAUUUUUGUUUUUUUUCUUCUUCUUUUCAUCAUGAUUGUUGUAAGAGGUGACACGGAGAGUGGACCCGACUGUGUGUGUGUCCUGGUAAGGCCAUGCCAGCCCAGCGGAAGGCCCGCUCCAUUAGAGAGGGGCACUGAAGGCCUUACCCACUUUCACCACAGCUGAAUCGGUCAGAUAUUCACACAAGCAGGGCCUGGGUUACAGCACCAUCGCCUGCUGUAGAGGUAUCUGUAAUGAUUUGAGCCUGAUCAAAUCAGUGAGGGAUGAGAGCUCCAGGUGCGCUCUAAGGUGGUGCAAAUUGGGUUAUACCUCAGUGUCGCCCCCUUCAGCUCCACAUUUUACCUGCUUGCUGGAAGCCACGUUUCGUCUGUUGGCAGGUGGGUAUUGGAGUGGCUGCCCCCCCACCCCCCACCCCUUCUCAGUUUACAGGUUCAGGUCUCUGACCAGCUCUCUGAAAGCCCCCC